UCAACUAAAUCCAGGAGUCAAUUGAUCAUUUGAUCUACUAAUGUAGAAGUGUACAAUAAUCCCACUUGAGGGAAAAAAUAAGCAAAAUUGAGGGUAUAUUUGGAAAUUCAAUAUUUGGUAAGGCCACGUCAUAUGAAAUUCCCCGGUCCAGAUAGGAUAAGCUACAAUAUGAUUGGUGGAAUAAUUAGGAGCCACAGAUUUGUGACUUUGAUUCUUCUAAUGAGAAAUGAUGUGAAAACAAGAGUUGUUGUAGAGAAAAGCUGAAACACUUCAAUGGCAGCUACAACAAUUGCUUAUCUGAGAAAUUUGGAAUAUGGGUUGAGUUCCAAGCCCCGAUUUCGCCGCCGCUUAUUUCCAUCAAAUAGCGUCCCGCGAGUAUUGGCCAUGGCUCCUGAAAAGAAGGUGAAUAAGUUUGAUGACAAGUGGAAAAAGCAAUGGUUCGGAGCAGGACUAUUCUACGAGGGCAGCGAACAAGUGGAAGUGGACGUGUUCAAAAAACUGGAGAAGCGUAAAGUUUUGAGUACUGUGGAGAAAGCUGGGCUUCUAUCAAAGGCCGAAGAACUAGGAUUUACGCUCUCAUCCAUAGAGAAGUUAGGGCUAUUUUCAAAGGCCGAAGAACUAGGGCUGCUCAGUUUGCUGGAGAAGUCAGCCAGUUUUUCGCCUGCUGCUUUGGCGUCUGCAGCGCUUCCUAUUCUAGUGGCGGCUAUUUUAGCAAUCGUGUUCAUACCUGAUGACUCUGUGGGUCUUGUGGUGGCUCAGGCUGUUUUAGCUGGAGCAUUCGGGUUGACUGCAGUCGGGUUGUUUGUCGGGUCAAUAGUUUUGGAUGGGUUGCAGGAGGCUGAUUGAUCAUCGGUAUUAUCCAACUUUACUUGAAAUAUAUCAAGUAAAGAGUAUAUUUUUGUAGUUGCCACCGUGAUUAUCAUAUAGUCAAUCUCAAUGUAACUAUUGAUGUACUUUUCAGUUGUUACAUGGCUUAGUUGACAUUAGAUUUCUCUUGAAACUCAACAAUUCCUCGUGAAUUCAUUUUAUGUUGUUAUUGUAUGUGAAGCAGUAUAGUCAAAUACUUUUUUUCCUCCA